GAGGUCGAUAACUACGUACCAAUCCUCAAAGCAAUCGAAAACAAGUGCGAAAACAUUCGCAAAUUGGAAAUCAUGGAAUUUAAUCGAGAAAUGUUGUGGAACAUUGAAACAAUCGGUAUUUUACGCAAGUUGUCCACACUCAAUUGGCUGGAAAUCAAUGCGCAAAGUUUGAAGCUUGACCAACUUAAAUCAUUAGUACGAGGCUUGCCAAAUCUAUCAUCACUUCGUCUAAACCACACUACUGCCACUUCGGAAAUAUACGACGAUGUCACACGCGCAGUUUCAAUUUGCCAACGCAUUCCCGAACUCAUAAUUCGAACCAAAGAUCCCGAUUUCGUAAAAUUGACCAACGAGCUACUUACCCACAUCGCUGACGAAAUAAUGCUCGAAAACAAAAUGGUUGUGCUUGAUGAUAUUUUCUUUCGAGAUAGGACGGUUAUUGUAAAAGGAAAGGUGCAACGUAACAAGAUCGUCGUGAACAAGCAUGAUGCUACCGACGAUAACCAGCCAGCAACAAAUUUCUUGGAUCUGAAUGACGAUUGUUUGGCCAAAAUCAUCCAGUUCCUCAAGCCAAAACACCACUGCGCAUUGUAUGACACUUGCCAACGAACUCGCAAGGCAGUCGAAAACUUUUACAGCGAGAACAUGUUUUGCACCCGUUUUGAUUCAAAAGAACUCACCGAGAGCACUUUGUGGUGUUUGGGGAAGCAGGUUCGGUCGAUGAAGCUCAGCCAUUGCUGGUUUUCAACGCGAAACGAGUUCGAAGAACUGUGGCAACGCCUCAAUCAGUACUGUACCAAUUUAAACGAACUAACCAUCGUUAUUGGGACAAAUAGCACUGGUGAUAAUUUUGCGAUUCAGGUGGACUGUGAGUGGCCAUCAUUGAUGAGGAUAACGUUUACCACAUAUUUUUCGUUUUACGAACACGCUGAUCCAUCAUGGUAUGCAGUAAGCUAUGAAACUUUGCGUUCAUUCUUCUGUCCAUCGUUAACUCAUCUGGAAGUCAUAAGUCUACAAAUUGAUGGAAAUAUUUCGGACCAUGGUGAUCACUUUCGUCAUGUGACCGUAUUAAAAUUUGGCUACUACAACGAAAGUGUCAAGAAAUUCCUGUUGGCCUUAGAUGACAAGGUAUGUGAACAAAUGCAAGAGCUAUCGAUUGGGUCCCAGCUCAUUAUAGAGUCAUAUGCAGAUGAUAAUGAAACGAAUGAUGAUGACGAAUCGAGCCAGAUUGUCGUUGAGCUCGUAAGCAUUGUUCCACGUUUUCGGAAAUUAACCAAAUUGGAGUUAAUUGUUCCUGGUGUCAAUCGGUGCAAUACCAAGUAUUUGUUCGAAAGUUGCACAAAACUGGUGCAUUUUGGCGUUUGGUGCAAAGAUAAAUAUCUAUCUGAUGGUCUGUUUAAGCAUAUCAUGGAAAACUGUUUGCAGAUUGGUACCAUUCGGUUGUUUGGCCAUGGAAUCUACCGAAGUCUUUUACAAAAAGUCCGCAAAAUGUUCCCAAAUGCUUCAGUCGAGGUCGCUAUUCAGGACAACAUAGCGUUCUCGGUUACUGAUAAUGAUCCAGUUCUAUCAAGCUACAUCCCAGAUUCGGAUUAUUAAAAAAAAAUAGUUAGAUUUAAGACAAUUGAGCCAGAAAUAGUUUAUUGAAUACUUUUUAACGCAUCGACACACAUAUGAUACUAACCGUAGGCUCAAGCUAAAUUAUUCAAGAAUAUUGAAAUAUUUGAUUAAUCAUUUGUCGAGUGUAGUGAUGGGCAAUUGACCCGGUAUUUAAAUUUGGGUAAAUUUCUUGGGUAAAUACCCAUUUAUACCGGGUAAAUACCCGAUUUGUUGGGUAUUUAUGGGUAUUUUCGAAAG